CUAGAUAACAACUCAGAUAACCAGGCUUCAUGCUGUGGUGGACAAACCCAGUUUAUCCAUCAGAGCACUGCUCAGGUGAGUUCUUCCCCGGGUGUGACUCCGACUCACAUCAUCCAUGAGUGGCCCUGCUGGACCCCGACCCCAGAAGGUCAUGCAGGAGAGCAGGGUCCUGGUCCAGACCCACCUGCUCACCAGCUCCCUGCAGCCUCCACCCCGGGAGGGGGCGGGGAACACGGGCAGCAAAGCCCCCCUCAGGCUGCCCUCGCUGGUGGCUGCGGGCCGAGGGUCUCGCGGGAGGAGCAGCAUGGCUCGACUCAGCCUCAGUGAACCAUCUCUUCUCAACCUGAAUGAGAACAUCCAGUUUGAGGGAUUCUCCAACGUCCGUCGUCCCAGUGUUUUACAAAAGCGACCCCCACCUCCUCCUCCUCCUCCACCUUCCAAGUCGCCCUCCCUGCUCCCCUGCAGGACCUGGCUCCCGUCCGGCAGCUGCCAGAACCUGCAGGACAGGCAGAAGGGCCCAGGCUGCAGCAGGCCGGUGUAUUUCCACUUCUCCCAGGCCAUCCAGCCCAGGUCCAGACCAGCCAGACAUCAUUCCUACAACCCGACCCCGAGUGCAGAUAACCUCCGACCUUUAGGGAUGCACGACUCCUCGCCUCAGAGGGAGCCUCUCUCAGUCGUUGGGAAGCCGUAUCUCCGGAGCUGCAGUCAACGCCUCGCUCCAGCUGCUGCUGCAGCUUCAGCUCCAGCUCCAGCUCGAGCUCAGCUCCACGUGUUCCUGCCCACAGAGGCGGAGGCGGAGGAGGUAGACAGUGAGUCGGUGGAUGAGGGCUUCAUGGAUGAGCUGGACUGUAAGAUGACCUCUCUGAAGCUGCAGCAGGGGGCGCUAAAGACACUUACGUACCACUGAUAGAUCGUCUGUUGUUUAAGUGUAUGGACAAAAGUAUAUGGACAGUCCUGUCCUUGUACUGUGAUACUGUUGUUCCUCCUCGAUGCUGUCAAUUAAAGUAUUACUGCUGAAGGGUGAAGUAGGAGAUCUUGCAUCACUUGUAGACAGACAUCUUUAGAAAAGAUGAAAUAAACAUUUACACUGAUGGUUCAAAGGAUCCAGAGA